AUGUAUCUCCGCGCCGUUCACGCCGAAGGUCAUCUACCGACGCUCCGCUCACUCGUCCGCACCCAGCCUCUCGGCAUCUUCACGACAGUAAUCGCCGGAUCUUCUCAGUUCCCGCUACUACAAAGCACCCACAUCCCGUUCGUUCUCGAUGUCGCCGACGAGUCGUCUGAGACUGAACUCGGCACCCUACGCGGGCACAUGGCGCGCGCCAAUCCUCAUUCGAAGGCGAUGAUCGAGAACUUGAGCGGGAAAAGUGAGGCGUCGCAAGUGUUGGAGAACGAAGUCAUGGUGCUAUUCAACGGACCCGUCCACCACUACGUCACGCCCAAGUUCUACACCGAGACUAAACCCUCGACGGGCAAGGUCGUGCCAACAUGGAAUUACGCUGCGGUGGAGGUGCGGGGGCGAGCGCGAGUGUACUUCGAUAGUAAGAGCGGGACGGCAGGGGCAUUCUUGGACAGGCAGGUCCGGGCAUUGACAGGCCUCUGCGAGAAAGGCAUCAUGGGAUACGAGAGGCCUUGGAGUGUGGAGGAUUCGCCGGCGAGCUAUGUGGAGAUACUGAAGAAAGCGAUCAUAGGGAUAGAGAUUGAGAUCACAAGUAUGGUGGGGAAAUGGAAGAUGAACCAGGAAUUGUCGGACGGCGAUAGGAAGGGUGUGGUUGGAGGCUUCGAGGUGCUGGGUGGGGAUGCGGGAGUGUGUAUGGCACAAAUAAUACAGGAGAGGGCGGAGAUCGCAGAGAGGAAGAAGGCAGAGAAGAAGUGA